AUGGUUGAAUAUAUAUUCCACAUUGCAAUUAGAGGCGGAGUAGAUAAUAAGGAUAAGGUCGAGGGUAAUAGAGAAGAUCGAGUGGGUAGAAUAGAGGGGGAAGGUAAGGGUGAGGGUGAGGGUGAGGGUAAGGUAAAGGGUGAGGGUGAGGGUGAGGGUAAGGUAAAGGGUGAGGGUGAGGGUGAGGGUGAGGGUGAGGGUGAGGGUAAGGUAAAGGGUGAGGGUGAGGGUGAGGGUGAGGGUGAGGGUGAGGGUAAGGUAAAGGGUGAGGAUAAGUAG